AUGCAUGUAAAACAGAUUCUAUUCCGAAUCUAUAAAAAACGAACCACUAUUCCGAAUCGAGGUUUCGUGUUUGUGAAGAGCACAUGCCACCACAUGAAAAUCAAAACAAAAACAUUGAGUUUGGAAAAUGAGUUGAUUCUCGACCCGAGUUUGAAAAUAACGAUGUUGGGAUUAAUCACCUUCAGACCGCUUUACUUCCGGAGGAUGCGACCUAGUGGACCCUCGGUGCGGUCGUUGGCGGACGCAUCAUGCGAUGAACCGUGGAAAUGGAAGUCGAAUUACUUUAAGAAUCAUUGGAAUCGAGAAGAAUUUGGGAACAUCCAGAAGAAGGCUAACAAAGCUGCCAGAAAAAGUGAGACAACGACCAAGAGCCACGACUUUUGGAUUGAACGGAUGGCUAAUAAAGAUACUCCCAAUGACCUGAUGCUGCCCCAGAUUCAAGCCCGAGCUCCCAAAGAAGAUAAUUUAUUCAACGCUCUGGCCACCGCAUCUUUUGAGCUAAACCACUCUGAUGUCACGGAGUCAAACCCCCCAGAUAUCAUGGCCGAGCCCGUUGCCAGUCCAAUAAAAAUCUCUCCUUCGCUUGCUUCUGAAUCUCCGUCAUGGAUCAAUCCGGAGAAGCCAGUGAUCUCCCUCCCUCUAUCGACGGAAUUGAAGCCGACCUUGAUCAACUACAGACGCAAUCAACUCAGAUCAUCUCUGCCUAGCGUCUCCAAAAUAUUAAAGGCCACCAUGCCCGUGGAUAGAGCCGUGGCUCUGGCCCAAUGGGAGGAGCGGAUGAUUGCUCAAAUGGGACAAGCUGGGUUUGAAGCAUAUCAAAAGACUAUGUUGGCACGAGGUCACCGCCUCCAUAGUUACAUUGAACACUACCUGCUUGAAGGAACGAAGGCUAUGGACUCCGAGGACGACGUGUCCUUGAAGCAUACUCAGAGCAUUGGCCCGCUUUUGAAUCAUUUCUCUCACCCGCAUUCCUUGGAGAGUCAAGUGGUGCAUCCCACACUAAAGUAUCACGGUUACUUGGACUGUGUGGCAGUUUAUAAGGAAAAGACCUUGGCUUUGAUUGACUGGAAAACUUCCGAGAAGAAGAAAGCCAGUCUGUCCUCAACUUUUGACAAUCCUCUUCAAAUUGCCGCGUACAUUGGAGCUUUGAAUCAUGACCCGCGGUAUCCGUUCCAAAUCGAUCAUGGACUGAUCGUUAUCGUCCACAAUGAUGGACAUGAGGCCAAGGUGCUUGGAAUUUCGAAACAAAAAAUGGAUAUUUAUUGGAAGGCGUGGCUCGAGCGUUUGAAGUUGUAUGAAGCUAUGUCAAAAUACGGAAAAUAAAGCCAAGUUGUUUUUUUGUGA